CCUCCUGUAACUCUCACCUGUAAAAUCCUACCUACACGCCAUCUGCGAGAAAUGUUUUGUGUUUUCCAUUGGAAUGGAUGAUUGAAGUGGCAGAGAGUCUUUCUGUGUAUCUGUAACCCAAUAGUGACGACCUGUCUUUUAUGAUGUUUAACUUGUGUAAAUGGCUAAAUUAACUUUUAAAAAGCAAUUAAAUUCGAAGAGACUUUUUCUACAAUUUGAAAACGCAACACCAGGGUUUUAUGUUUUGUUACGUGAGAUAUUGUCAUUUUCCACCGUAACAAAACCAGAUUCCGCGUCGCUCGUAGUGAAACAAGUAAAACCAGCUUGUUUUUUGAAGCUGCUUCGUAUUCAGCUAGAUGUCUGAGCAGAUAUUUGCUAUUGGAUCAAAGCCGCCUCGUCCUCUAUAGCGUUAACAGCAUUGCGAACGUUAAUUGGGCGGACGCGUUUUAUGUUUUGUUUCUCGUGCGCUUAUUUGUGAUAAAAUUAUUGGAUAAUACAUCUGCUGAUUUAGUAAAUAGGAGUAGAUUUCACAUAAAAGUUGAUAUUUGUAUUAGAUGGGAUAUGCUUCAUUUACAAACCAGUUUAAACAACGCAUAACUCUUGACGGGUUGAUACUGAGAUGAAACAAGAUGAAAUACUUUAUAACACUUGUUAACAUUGAAGUGUAUUACAGAUAGGAGAAAAGAGAAUGAUAUGUAAUUCAAAAAGGAAUUUUACAUUCGUAAAUGUAUCACAGGUGGUAAUAAAAUCGACGGAUUUAUAAAUUUGUAAAUGCAAAGAUAUCGAUUGCAUUUCAUAAUACAACUAUUGUAAAAUACUAUAUGCAUAAUAUCUAUGACAUCUUUUUACGGUUUGGGGAGUACCUGUGUUUGUAUUAGUGUGUGGAUGUAAACUAUUUGUGACAAUGGCCGAUAUAGACUCUGACAACGGGGCGAACGUCACGUUGACUGGGCUGGAGCUGCUGAUGGCGUCCCUAGGGCCGCGCUACCAGGAUAUGUGGUCCCUCGUCAUUCUUCUUACCAUUUACGGCGUCAUUUUCAUAUCCGGUACCGUGGGGAACAUCUGCACGUGCAUCGUGAUCAUGCGCAACAGCUACAUGCAGACAGCCACCAACUAUUAUCUAUUCAGUCUAGCUAUAUCAGAUGUUCUCAUACUACUGCUGGCACUUCCUCCCGAGGCCUAUUCCAUUUACGAGUCGUAUCCCUGGAGAUUCGGGAAAAUCUUCUGCUACACAAAAAUAUUCCUACAGGAAAUGACGUCAUACGCAUCAGUUCUGACUAUAACGGCAUUUACAGUGGAACGCUAUGUUGCAAUUUGCCACCCUUUAAAGGCACAUAAAUUUGCUAGCUUGUCAAGAAGCAUCAAAAUAAUAAUUGGAAUAUGGGUGAUAUCUCUGGUAUGUGCUUUGCCUUACCCCAUAUACACGGAACAGUUUUAUUUUAUUGGAGCUGAUAAGAACAAUGGCACAGCAAUGGCAGUGUCAUUAAUAUGCAACAUCCCCGAAAGAUACCACCCUAUAAUGAUGUACAUAUUUCAGUGUUCAACAUUUCUCUUCUUCGUGUUUCCUUUGACGAUUAUCAUGGUUCUGUACAUGAUGAUUGCCCUAUCUCUGAGACACGCCGCGUUACAGAGGGUGGCUUCGCAGGAGUCCAAAUCAAAUAAUGGAACUCCCGUCUCCCAGUCUGGAAAGUCUGUUUUCAGAAUGCUCAUUGCAGUGGUAGUUGCAUUUUUCAUCUGUUGGGCCCCAUUCCACGCCCAACGCCUGUUGACCAUAUACAACAAGAACUGGACCCCGCUCCUUCUACAUAUCCAAAGUGCUCUGUUCUAUAUAUCAGGCGUGCUAUAUUUUGUCAGUUCUACAGUAAAUCCCAUACUAUACAAUGUCAUGUCCAAGAGAUACAGAGAGGCAUUUAAGGACACCAUUUGUCACUGCCGACGUAAACGAACGCUGCAUUUAAGACACAGUGGCUUACAGAAGUCCUAUUAUUGCAGUGUUAAACAUAGUAGACCACCAAGUGCCAUGUCCAUAGUCAGGCGGUCGGAAAAUAUGUGUCACGUUGUUCGCUCAGAUACACAGCAAACACAGAUAAGUUUCCCGCUGAACGGAAACAAUGGAGAUUUUGAUGACAAUGAUCCUAUGCGUGACAGCCUGAUAGAAACGCCAUGUGAUGAUAUUUCGCCCGUCAAUAAAGCCCUGCGAAAGUCGUGGGCAAAUUCAAAACAGAAGGCUGUCUGUUGUAGUGUAUGUGCUAAUGAGGGAGAAGUGACCCCUUCUCCAAACUACGACAGGCAGUGUUUGCUUCUGCAUAAAGAGUCAGCUGACAGUGCGUGUUAACAUCUUGUAAACACGGACUACUUUUAUGACCGAACCAAUGUCACUUACUCCUGUAUCUAUAUUUUCGAUGCUACAUUUUUUCUAUUUGAUUCGUAUCACUGAACACUUGUUUAUUCUCUUCACAGAUAAUUUUAACAAUUAAUAAACUUAAAGAAUG